AUGCUUCAUUCUCGGCAGUUCUUUAAAUUUGUUUUGGCUUCGAUGGAGCCUCCGGCGAUGCACCGAGCGGCAGAGGCAGAGGUCCAGUUGCAGACCGAGCUCCGCGCUGCACGAAGUGCAGUCGCCCAGCUAAUGCGCCGCACCGAGAGUCUUUUGAUCGAGAAGCGCAGGCUUGCUGAGACUUGGCAGGAAGGCAGGCGACUGAAUGGAGCUCCCCACGUUCCUGUUGCUGACGAGCAAAGCUCUGUGAGCGAGGUGUCUGAGGCAUCGUGGACGCUUGUGGGCGAUGCUAUUUCGGGGGUCCGCAGUGACGGAGAACUCUCUCUCUGA